AUGAAUCAAGAGAAGAAGUCGAGAAACAGAGCGAAGAUAAUGGAACCAAACAAACUCAUGCGGAAGAUCCGGGUCAUCUGUUACGACCCGGAUUUGACUGAUUCAUCAGAUGACGAUGAACCCAACAAAAAACCCUUUGGGUCAAAGCGGAUUGUCCGAGAAAUAAAGAUUCCGGUCGGCGACGGCGGCGUUUCCGGUGGCUGUACGCCGGUGAUGACAGCGACUAAAGAACAGGAGACUGAAAGUUCAUGUCAAGAUAGCAACAACGGCGAAAAAAGUUGCGGGAAGAGAAAAAGAGUUUCGACAAAAACCCCCGGUCAACCUCGGCCGCCUUCCGCCUCCAAAUACAGAGGCGUCCGGCAGCGGAAAUGGGGAAAAUGGGCGGCGGAAAUUCGUGACCCGUUUAAGCAACGACGGGUAUGGCUUGGAACUUAUGAUACUGCCGAAGAAGCGUCCAGAGCUUACGAAGUCAAAAAGCUGGAGUUUGAAGCCAUGGCGGAAGCUUCAAAGGGUGGUUCCAACAUCGUCAAAAGCACCACCACCACCACCACUACCACCAAAGCUCCGUCGUCCGCCGUUUCUCAGCUUCCAAAACCAGCCAUCUCCGAGGAAUCAGUAGGUGUAAUUUCUCACAUUUCACCAUCUUCACCGACUGAAUCAUCCUCCAUUUCUAGAAAGAUAAUCUCUUCCGCCGGAGCUUCUGAAACCUGCAACGCGGAAAGCAAACUCGCAAACAAACCCGAGCCACCUCCGGCCGCCGUCGGAUCUCCGGCGAUGGAAGAAACCUUAACUCUAGCCCAAAUCGGUGAAGGGUUAGACAUGAAAUUGGAGCUGGAUUCCAUUUUCUUCGACAGUUUUGCUUCACCACUUGACGGAUUUGGUGAUCUUGAUGAUUUCCAGCUUUGCGGAUUUGAAGAUAACGAAUCUUGCGAAUUACCAGAUUGGGAUUUUGACGAAUUGAAUCCUGAAGAACUUGCUUGGAUGAACACAUUGAGGGUCGAUGAGCCAUUGAUGAACGAACAGCCGCUUAAUAUCGCAUGCCUAUAA